AUGUCAUCUGUGUCCAGUCAGCCACAAUUUCGGUAUACCACAGCCCCAUCCAAGGUUCUCCACUUGAGAAACUUACCGUGGGAGUGCACUGAGGAGGAACUGAUCGAACUAGGGAAGCCAUUUGGGAAAGUUGUCAACACCAAAUGUAAUGUUGGAGCAAACAAAAACCAAGCUUUUAUUGAGUUUGCAGAUUUAAAUCAAGCCAUUGCAAUGAUAUCAUAUUAUGCUUCAUCCUCAGAACCGGCUCAGGUACGGGGGAAAACUGUCUACUUGCAAUAUUCCAAUCGGCAAGAGAUAGUGAACAAUAAAACUACUGCUGAUGUUGCCGGAAAUGUACUGUUGGUGACGAUUGAGGGUGUCGAUGCUCGCCUCGUCAGCAUUGAUGUUUUGCACUUGGCUUUUGUCAUUGAAAAUUCUCAGAUGGCAAGCUUAAUGCAUUGA